AUGCGUGAGCAUCCUUGUUGGGAAGCCAGCUACAGAGGACUGAAAACAACAAGUUUAUUGUAUGCAGAAUGGUGGGGACUCGAUGAAAAUGAGAGGAAAUACAACCUAGGAUUGUUAUUGAUCCAGAUAUUCAUCAUUCAGGGAAACUAUAAAAAGGCUCAGAAAAUAUGUGAGCAUAUUAUCAAAGAUGCACCUGAAUGGGAUCCAAAACCUCGACUCCUUAUGUCUAUUAUAAAGAUGAUGUUGGCGAUGCAAAGAAUGUUGGAUCCAGAAACGACAGAAGCUGAUUUAUUGAUCAUCAAGAAUAUGAGAGAUGAGGCCAUGAAACAGUGGGAAAACUAUUUUGCUGCAGCCCAAAAACCUCAACCACCUGAUACAGAUAAUUAAUUCCAUCGGCUCAAGAUGCGAUCAGCUGCCAAUGUUACUGAAAAAUGCUCGUGGUCCAUGGGGAUGUCUCUCUCUCUCUCUCUCUCUC